AUGAGCAGGGUGGAGAGGAUGCUGACCCGCAUCGAAAGGGUCCUGUAUUCGGUGGUGGAAGCGAUGCACGAUGACGAACAGGCAGCCAGGCUGGCUCCACCGGCAGAGGCCCCAAUGACCAGGGCUCGCCGCUCGCAGGCCAAAAAGGCCAACGCCCUGCCCCCUUCCGCUCCCACCUGCCCAUGCGCCCCCUCACCACCACGACCGGAAUCCAGCAGUGACGUCGGCAUGCACACUCCAGCAGCCCCUGCCCCUCCUCAAAAAGAGGACACUACUAAUGCCCCCACCCCCCCCCCUGCCCCAACUCAGCCUAGUGCUGCCCCAAUGCCGGCGCCGGACAGAAGUGCCAUCGGUCCUGAUGCCCCCGACGGCAUUGCCGCACGGGCGAGUGCCAUGCCUGCUGCUGCCCCCUCCACAGGUGCCGCCCCCGUCUCCAAGCAGUCUGCCAGUGCCGACACCGAGGAGGCGCCCAUGGGUGCCGCUGCCGAUGCCGAAGACAGCAACAUGGACACUGGCAUCGUCAUGCCGGCCUUCAACCUCAGUGACUUCUCCCUGUCGGACACAGAGGAGGAUGCCCCUCCUCUCACUCCCAUGGGUGAGGUUGAGGACGUGGCCACCACCCCUGGACGGUCCUGCUCCCCGUCGCUGACCCCGCUUAGUGCCAACCCCGCGCCCCCUGGCCCCUCCAUCAUCCCCACUGCCGCCCCCGUCAUCCCCGCUGCCGACUCUGCCCCUGUUGCCAACACUGGCCCCCCCGCUGUCAAUAUCACCCCUGCCCCGUCCCCUGCCCCUGCCCCAGAAUUGGUGACUAAGGAAGGCGAAGCGUCAGCACCCAUCAUAGCACACCUCAGUGUGCAGCUCAUCCCCCCAAUGCUGCAAACCUCGCAGGAGGCCGCCACCAGCGCCCCCACCACCCUCAUCCCCCCCAAUCCCCCCACCCCCAGCAAACCCCAGCACCUCUUCCCGCUGAGGUGGAAGAAGCACCAGCACCAGCUCCAUUGCACUGGAGCACUCGGAGCGCAUCACCCCUUCCUCCGCCAGUGA